ACACUGACUACAUGCACAAGAGCGUAAAGUGGCAAGUGGGAUUUAGGUAUCAUAUCCUCGGUAAGUUUGGUCAUUUGUUACCUAAAGCAACCAUAUCUAUAUAUAUUUACCGCUGCCAAAUUCCACUUUUGGUACAGCGCCAUAAAAGGGUCUAAAAGCGCGAAGUAGAAACGUCCAAGACCUUUGUACCCGGAAAUGGAUAUGUCAGUAUAGAAAGACACUACACCUUCCAUCGCAAUGGUUUAGCCCAAGAUUUUAAUAACAAUGAUCCGUGAAAGCAAGAAAUUGCAAUUUCCAGGCUCGCUGCAACUUCACCAGCACACAUUUGUCCUCUGAGCGGUCAGACCAAAUUUAAAAUGGCUUUUCAAACGUUCCUUAUCGUCGUCACAGCGUCUUCGUGUGCAACCUGGCUGGCCGUCUUCAGACUCAGUGCCGUGGUUCUCACUUGGCUGUGUUCGACUUACGAGGGUCUCUCCAAGCACAGGCGACAUGUAGUGGACGACAGUUUCAAAGCUGCAGUGUACGGCUGUUUCGCCGGCCCUCUAGCCUGGUACGCCUACAUCUGCACCGAGAUUCCGCCAGAGGGCGUCUGGCUAGAUGUGCCACUUGUGAGAUUUCUGUCUGCACUCUAUAUGGGCAGCAUACUCGCACAACUAAUCGUGACAAUCGGCUUCCCGUACGCCAGCAAAACAGACUUCAUCUUGUACAAGAUGCACCAUGCGGUUUCGCUGUAUUCCACAUACAUCGGGGCGAGCUAUCCCGCCAUGCCCUACUAUGCCAACGUCUGCUACAUGAUGCAACUAAGCAACCCUAGUGUGUAUUUGCGGGUCAUUCUAAAGGAGCUCGGGUACCAGGACUCCAAGUACUACAUGUGGAACGGUGUUGUCAUGUGUGUGACCUUUGCCCUCUGUCGUGUCCUUGUCACAAGCAUCGCGACCUUCAACCUUGUCAAGGUCAUGGUGUUCCAAGACGCCUUCAGUCGGCUGCCCUUACAUGUUUCCUUGUGUUACAUCUUGGGUGCGCUAGUGUUUAAUUCCCUUAACUACUACUGGUUUAGUUUGAUGUGCAAAAGAGCCAUAGGCCACUUAUGGAGAAAUGAUAAGCAAACGUCAGAGCCGAAACUGAAGUAAACAUAUGUUUCAAUAUAUGUUAUUGAAUAUUCAUAUCAGUAUGCUUCUUAAUACGUAUCAUCACACACAGUGCCCUAUAAAAUCUGUCUACGUACGUCUACAAACAUUAUGUACAUCACAAAUGUAUCUGCAUUGUUAUGGUAACGGUAUCUAUAUAACGUUAUAUUUUGACGCAAGUCUGUACCCAAGGACAGGUGGUAAUACAAUGAUUUCUUAUAAAAAAAUUUUUGUUUUUUUUUUUUUUUGUUUUUUUGUAACGACUAGUAAGGGGAGCAAGAGGAGCGUUUUAGUGCGUAGAAUCGGAAGUUCAGGUUAAACCAAGAUUCUUUAUUCCACACGAAAGUCCCUUGUCAGGAUGUUCAUAUUGUGUUUGUCAUUGGUUACGUUAUUGAGCAUCCCAUGGCAUAUCAUGAGGACACCCUUCACAUAGGUGUGGUCCCUGUAGCUUACAAAUUAAUCAUU